AUGCCUAUCGAGGCGCGUGUUGAAAGCGGUUGGGCGCUCAGUCUCCUCACUCGGGUGGCUUCCGACAACAGACACUCGCUUCGGUGGGAUUCUGGCACUGCACCCGUCGGGCUCGAAAAAUUAGAGUCGCCUCACCGCCACCGCCAGCCCAACCCUUAUCGCGCUUGGCAGUGUCAGCAUCAGCACCAGGCUUCAGCCACACCCGACAGCCACCGCCCCUUGCUGCUGCCCGAAGCUGCUCAACAGCUCAGCAGCUCAGCCGUGGCUGCCCGAGCCACACGACGGUCUUCAUCACCCGUAUCCUCUUCCUCUUUCUUCCCCACCGUCACCGUGGCCCACCCAUCCUCAUCACACUUCGACAUGUCCGCCGCUACCGCACCCGCGCCCAACGGCAUCACCUCGUCGCCUAGCAAGGCCGCCUUCGACCACAGCGCCGCGCUCAAGAAGAUCGCCUCGGUGCCGCUCGUCUCGGACUCGCUCAGCUUUGCCCAGUCCACCAUCCAGGCGCACCCGCUCCUCGCCACCACCUACGGUUACGGCGAGAACCUCGUCAACUCGUCGCUCAAGGCCGCCCAGCCCAUCACCAACCGCAUCCACCCGCAGCUCGCCUACGUCGACUCGCUCGCCGUCAAGUCGCUCGACUUUGCCGAGAGCAAGUGGGCCGCCCCCUUCCACACCAACACCCAGGAGCUCUUGGACGCCGCCAAGGUGCCCGCCGACCACGCCCGCGGCUACGUCCAGGCGUACACCGCUGCGCUCCACAAGGCGUACGGCGAGCGCGUCUACACGCCCGCCAAGUCGGCGUACGAGUCGCACAUUGUGCCCGCCUACGACUCGGCCCACACCAAGUUUGACGAGAUCAAGAGCCAGAACGCCUACCUCCAGCGCGCCACCGACAUUGUCAAGGACCUCCAGGCCAACCUCGCCAAGACGCUCGAGUCGGUCUCGUCGCGCAGCAAGCACGAGGGCGACCAGGCCACCCAGAAGGCCCAGGGCAUCUCGAACGCCAUCUUUGCCGAGCUCGAGCGCGUGCGCCACUUUGCACAGAGCCUGCCCGCCGAGAGCCGCAAGCGCGUCGGCCCCGUCAUGGACACCUUUACCGAGACGUACGAGCGUCUGAGCAAGGAGGCGCGCAACCCGGACGUGCCCGCCUCGACCCGCUUCCUCAACGUCGUCAAGUUUGUUCGCGAGCAGUCGCUCCCUGCGCUCCAGAAGGCCAUUAUCAACCCGUCCUCGUCGACGGCGCAGAAGGCCGAGUCGGUCAUCGACUCGGCGGUUGACGCCGCCAAGUAA